AUGGUGGAUUACCGUGGCCUGAAUGAGGUCACACCACCACUGAGCGUUGCCGUGCCAGACAUGUUGGAGCUUCAGUACGAGCUGGAGUCCAAGGCAGCAAAGUGGUAUGCGACCAUCAAUAUUGCGAAUGCCUUCUUCUCCAUUCCUUUGGCAGCAGAAUGCAGACCUCAGUUUGCCUUCACCUGGAAGGGAGCGCAAGGGAAACCCAUCUGGGCCGCCGAGAUCUGGCAGGACAUUGCCACCCGAGUAGAGAAGCUGACCGUGAAGAUUCGACACGUGGAUGCACACAUACCCAAGAGUCGGGCUACUGAAGAGCAUCACAACAACGAACAGGGGAGAGAUGCAACAUACCGAUGGGCCCGUGACCGAGGGGUGGACCUUACUAUGGACAACAUCUCACAGGUCAUGCACGACUGCGAGACCUGCGCUGCAAUCAAACAGGCCAAGCGGGUGAAGCCUCUGUGGUACGGUGGACGAUGGCUGAAAUACAGGUAUGGGGAAGCCUGGCAAAUUGACUAUAUCAUGCUGCCCCAAACCCACCAAGGCAAGCGCUAUAUGCUUCAGGCAUGCUCAGUCCAACAUCUACCAGUACCAUAUGCAGCGUUCCCACCUCUGAUUUCUGAUGACCCAUUCCUUUUGCAUCCUCCUCACCUUUCUCCACAUCACCCGUCUCACCUGCCAACUCCAGGGCAAUUUGUUCCCUUCCAAGCACAGCAGCCACCUUCACCACUUCAAAGGAUAGACAAUGAAGUAGAACUGCUUGGAGAACAUCUUCCUAUAGGAAGCUUUACCUACCCUCCAUCACCUCAUCCACCAACAUUGACUUCCUCAGCUUCUAUCCAGUUCUUAGCCCACAAUCCUUUACACCAAGAGAUUUCAUUUGGAGUACUUUACCCACCUUUUAUGCCUUGACGACUCACAGGGCACAGUAGAUACCUAUCACAGCAAACAAUGCCACCACACUCAUACCAUCCCAGCCUAUUACCAUAUGUACUAUCAUUGCUUCCUGUGCCACCUGCAGUUAGACCAGCUUUCAGUUUUGAGUUGGAUGUGGAAGAUGGAGAGGUCGAAAACUAUGAGGCACUGUUGAAUUUGGCAGAACAUCUAGGAGAAGCCAAACAUCGAGGACUGACAAAGACAGACAUUGAACAGCUUCCAUCUUACAGGUUCAAUCCAAGCAAUCAUCAAUCAGAGCAGACAUUGUGUGUUGUGUGUAUGUGUGAAUUUGAGGCAAGGCAGCUACUUAGAGUCUUACCCUGUAACCACGAGUUUCAUGCCAAGUGUGUUGAUAAAUGGCUUAAGGUAAAUCGUACCUGCCCAAUUUGCAGAGCUGAUGCUUCAGAAGUGCAUCGUGAUUCAGAAGGACUAAUCUAA